CGUGAAACUUUUCUCUCGGCCUCUCACCCAGUUACUGUAGGCUGGGUCUCAGGCCACAUCACUCCUUUCUUCGAGUCAGGCACCGCUUUAGUCCCAAGGUUUUCUCUGGUCGGUGGCUCACUUCUGCUGAGCCUGGAGGAAGAAGUCUGAGGGUCCCAGAGGGAAUCAUUCUCCCUUCAAGGGCCCCAGGCCCCUGGGGCAGCGUUUUGACAUUUGGAAGCAGCAAACUUUGGUUCCUAUGGCAAACCCUGUUCCUGUGCAGAGGAGCCACCUCCAGGGCCCCAUCCUCAGGUUACGCUACAUGGUGAAGCAGUUAGAAAACGGGGAGGUGAACAUUGAAGAGUUGAAGAAAAACCUGGAAUACACGGCGUCCCUGCUGGAGGCCGUCUACAUAGAUGAGACCCGGCAAAUCUUGGACACGGAGGAUGAACUGCAGGAGCUACGGUCAGACGCUGUCCCUUCGGAGGUGCGGGACUGGCUGGCCUCCACCUUCACACAGCAGACCCGGGCCAAAGGCCGGCGGGCGGAGGAGAAGCCCAAGUUCCGGAGCAUCGUGCACGCUGUGCAGGCUGGGAUCUUUGUGGAGCGGAUGUUUCGGAGAACAUACACCUCUGUGGGCCCCACCUAUUCCACUGCAGUCCUCAGUUGUCUCAAGAACCUGGACCGCUGGUGCUUUGACGUCUUUUCCCUGAACCGGGCAGCUGAUGACCAUGCCCUGAGGACCAUUGUUUUUGAAUUGCUGACUCGGCACAACCUCAUCAGCCGCUUUAAGAUUCCCACUGUGUUUUUGAUGACUUUCCUGGAUGCCUUGGAGACAGGCUAUGGGAAGUACAAGAACCCUUACCAUAACCAGAUCCAUGCAGCUGACGUUACCCAGACGGUCCACUGCUUCUUGCUCCGCACUGGGAUGGUGCACUGCCUGUCAGAGAUCGAGCUCCUGGCUAUCAUCUUUGCAGCAGCCAUUCAUGACUAUGAGCACACAGGCACCACCAAUAGCUUCCACAUCCAGACCAAGUCUGAAUGUGCCAUCCUGUACAAUGAUCGCUCGGUGCUGGAGAAUCACCACAUCAGCUCAGUUUUCCGGAUUAUGCAGGAUGAUGAGAUGAACAUUUUCAUCAACCUCACUAAGGAUGAAUUCGUAGAGCUCCGAGCCCUGGUGAUCGAGAUGGUAUUGGCCACAGACAUGUCUUGCCAUUUUCAGCAAGUGAAGACUAUGAAGACGGCCUUGCAGCAGCUGGAGAGGAUCGACAAGUCCAAGGCUCUAUCUCUGCUGCUCCAUGCUGCCGACAUUAGCCACCCAACCAAGCAGUGGUCAGUCCACAGCCGCUGGACCAAGGCCCUCAUGGAAGAAUUCUUCCGCCAGGGCGACAAGGAGGCAGAGUUGGGCCUGCCCUUUUCUCCGCUCUGUGACCGCACUUCCACCUUGGUGGCACAGUCCCAGAUUGGUUUCAUUGACUUCAUCGUGGAGCCCACAUUCUCCGUGCUGACGGAUGUCGCUGAGAAGAGUGUCCAGCCCUUGGCAGAUGAUGACUCCAAACCCAAAAGUCAGCCCAGCUUCCAGUGGCGCCAGCCUUCUUUGGAUGUGGAAGUAGGAGACCCCAACCCUGAUGUGGUCAGGUUCCGCUCCAUCUGGACCAAGUACAUCCAGGAGAACAAGCAGAAGUGGAAGGAGCGGGCAGCAAGUGGCAUCACCAACCAGAUGUCCAUCGACGAACUGUCCCCCUGUGAUGAAGAGGCCCCGCCCUCUCCCUCUGAGGAUGAGCACAACCAGAAUGGGAACCUGGACUAGCCCGGGGCUCCCCAGGUCCUUACAAAGUCCAGAAUGUUCAAUGUCAUCAGCACCAUCCAUCAGGACGGACUCCCCAUCUGCUCCAAGGGAGCACGGAGGGCGAGGAACAGACAGCUCAUCCGAAUGCCAAAAUGCCAGAGACUGUGCGGUUGGGGAAAGGACCCUCCCCGCCCAACACUCAUUGGGGCACAUUUUAAUCUCCUGGCAGCGAGACUGGGGAACUUCAGACUCCCAGUAGUCACUGUGCCCAUCCCCUGCCUCGGGACACCCCCUCACAGCUGGACAGGUGGCUGGCUGAGAGGGAGCUUCCUGGAGGCUCCCCAGGGCCUGGGGGAGGGUCAGCGAUGCCAGCCCUCAGGCCCUCCCCAUCAUUUUUGCCUCCAAGUUUCUAAGCAAUACAUUUGGGGGGUUCCCUCAGCCCCCACCCCAGAUCUUAGCUGGCGGGUCUGGGUUUCCUUUUCCUUCUCUGGGAAGGGCUGGGAUAGAAGAGGAAGCUGGGGUUUCUCAGAGCCCUUAGUGCAGGGAGGUUGUGGGCUCAUUCAGGGAGUGGUACCUUAUUAGGGCCUGGGAAUGGGGGGUCACAUCCUUUAUGCCCCAGAUCUGCACCGCUUCAGCCCAUCCCCUGCCAUCUUUCCUAUUCUAAACUGGCACUGGUGGGAGAGAGGAGCCAUUGAGACCAGGGCUGGAGAGGAUGCCUUUCCUGGGGUUCUCAAGAACUCAGAUCUGGUCUGGGCCUCUGGGCAUGUCGACUGCCCCGGCCAGAAGCCCUUUGCCUCCUUUCUUCCUCUCCUGGGGUUGAGGGCUCCCAUUGACCUGUGUCUGUAAAGUGCUUUGAGACUUCCCCAGCAAAGCACCUUCGGGGUACCUCCUGUGAGUACACAAAAGGAGAGAGCAGCUGGGCCAGGGUCAAGGGAGUAUGAGGCGGGUGUAACCCAGCAAUCCAGUGUGGCCAGCAGAAGGUCCCUCUCCCAGCACUGGCCUAGCUGCAGGCACCCAGGGGCCCUCCCCUAGGUUCAGCGUGGGUGGUAGGUGGGAAGCAAAUGGGGGAGGGCUUGAGGUUGUUGCCAUCCUGCCUCCUGAAGAAUGCCCAGCCCUGUGCCCCUUCCCCUGCUCAGGCUCUCCUUGCCCAGCCCUGCCCCCAGAAAAGGCCCAAAUCCAGGUGACUGCCCUUAUCCUUUCUUAUAAAUACCAACCAUGCAUUUGUACAGUGGGCCCUGUCUGUGCGAAGUACAUAUUCUACGGUCCCUCAGACCUGCCACUUGUCCCCCUGGUCCCACCCUGAGGGGGGAGCAGAGAUGCAUGUGAUGCCCCCCACCCUGGGUCUUCCAGAACCCUGCUAUAGCCAGAGAUCAAUAAAGAAGGGAGACCAGGC